CACAAUUGUAGACCCCGUCGAAAUAUUAAACUCAAUUGCUUGCAGCAUUGCGACUACAGAUAUAUUGUUACUGUUCGAGUUGAUCCAAUAACCCGGAUUCUGAUUCCUCCGACAAAGCAUUGUUGAGGUAUAAAGAAGAAGAUCGUGCUACAGCAAUUUAUGUACUACAUCAUUACUACAAGAGCAGUUGUAAAAUGUUGCUGCUCUCCCUAUUCUCUUUACUCAAUACGGUACUGGGUGCGCAAGUAUCCCCAUCAUUUCUUGAUUCCGCUGUUCAACCUCAAAGAAAGCCAGGCAUUCAGAGCACCUUUCAAUGGAACUCCACUCGCGCCCUCAUCGGCCCCAAGAACGACGACCGUAAGAUUGCUGGAAUAAAAGACCCCUCUGUAGUAUACGUGGAUGGCAGAUACCAUUUAUUCGCCUCGACUGCAAAAUCUGGGGGCAGUAGCUACAACCUCGUCUACAUCACGUUUACGGAUUUCGAGCAAGCGCCCACUGCCGAUUUCUUCUACCUAGAUCAAUCAGCCAUCGGUGUGGGGUAUCGUGCAGCACCCCAGGUGUUCUACUUCGAACCCCACGGACUAUGGUACCUUGUCUUUCAGAACGACAAUGCUGCGUACUCGACGAACAAAAACAUCAGCGACCCAAGUGGUUGGAGCGCAGUCACGAAUUUCUACGACAAGAGACCAGCUGUCAUCGAUAAGAACAUUGCAGAUGGCUACUGGGUCGACAUGUGGGUUAUUUGUGAUGAUGAAAAUUGUCACCUCUUUUCUUCGGACGACAUGGGCCAACUGUACCGCUCACAAACAAAACUUACGGAUUUUCCCCGUGGCUUUGAUAGCAAUAACACCGUCAUCGCGAAGUCGGACAAAAGAUUCGACUUAUUCGAGGCGUCAAACGUCUAUCGAAUCGAAAAUGGGUCAUAUCUUCUCAUCGUCGAGUGCAUUGAUGCAGAAGAACAUCGUUGGUUCCGCUCGUGGACUGCCGAAAGCCUCGAAGGGCCGUGGGACGAACUUGCCGCGACGAAUGAAAAUCCGUUUGCGAGGAGGAAUAAUGUAGCAUUCAGUGGACCGACAUGGACUAAAGAUAUCAGUCAUGGCGAAAUCAUUCGCGAUAAAGUCGAUCAGACUCUGACGAUUACCCCGUGCAAAUUGCAGUACAUGUACCAAGGGAGGGAUCCGAAUGUGACGACAAAUUACAACAAUCUUCCAUGGAAGCUAGCACUACUUACUCAGACUAAUUCUGAAUGUUGAAUGACUUAUCGAAAUCCAGUCCCUCUCGAUGUGUUGGAGAUUGGGAAUGACUGG